CAACAAAUGUACCAUUACCGGGAUACAAAAGGAAAAUGAAACCCUCUCCCGGGAACAUUCUUCUCCUCACAGAGACUUUGAAAAGCUUCUAUCCAUUUCCUAUGCAUCGCCUUCGUCGUUGAAAUCUUUUGUUGUUCAAUUCUCCGGUUGCCAACGCCGAUCUCCGAUUGUUUCAGUAGAGAAAUGCAAGCGAAUGCAGUUUCUGACUGCGACAUCUCCGAGGACGAUGAGUUUGAUUCAAUUGAAGAAGUUUCCGAGGGAAAGGAAGAACUUCAGCUCAAUUUAAGACCGGAAAGGCUCAAAGGAAUAAGAGGCAAAGCCAAACCUAAAUUUAUGUUUCAUUCACAGAGGAAAGAACAAUCAUGCUCCGUUAUUUGUGAGGAUAGACUCUGCUCGGCAUCCAUAUCCAAGGUUCAUAGUUUAUCUGAGACCUUUGAUGCCAUUACAUCUAGAACUGACAAGUAUCCAACAGAAUGCCUCGAAGAUUUGGUGGAAGAAUUUGACGACCAAUUUGACGUAGGACCUGCACUGAACUGUGGAAAUACUGAGAGUUCAAUUUCUGAGCUUUUAGAUGGCCUUAAAGAUAAGAAUAGUUCACUGGGUGGAGUCACGAAUGGGGUAGCCAACUUGGGGGGAGAAUGCUCCCAAUUGUUGAGAACAGGGCUCUUGUUGCAUAAUAGAUAUAGGACUGACAGUGAAGAUUCCCCUAUAUCCGUGGAUGACGAAUCAGCAAGUGACCAUGAGGUCAACGAUCAGAAGUUGAAACUUGCUGGCCUAUGCACAAAGGAGCAAUCAAUUACAGAUAGAUUUGAGGAAGCUUUAGUUGCUGCAUGUAUGGACGCUGAAAGGACUAUCGGGGUGCCAAAUCCACUAGGAAUUGGCUUAUUUGGAAAGCUGCAGCGAGUCAUGCAGAGUGAAAAAGAACUAGAGAUCAAUUUCUUGAAUGGGGUAGAUUGCAGCACAAUUCCAAAUGGCUGCAUUGAUGUAAAGAUCCUAUCAAGAUACUUGGAUGCGAAGUUAACAGUAUGCUCUUGCCUCUUUAUAGACAUGGAGCGCUCUCUGUUGCAAAGUGGUGAUGAAUCCAUUGCAACUGAAGGUGAAAAAAUGACUGUUAUUUUCAGCCCACGUGUUUGCAGCAAUGUUGAACUCGAAGUUGGAAACAUAAUUCGAGUCAAUCCCCCAUGGAAAGAAGUUCCGGUUGAUGAUGCUCACAAUAUUAUCUUGUCAACAUAUUUUACCCAACUCACUUGUGAUCUUCAGAAGGAAUGUUGCAUAUUGGCCUGAUUAGUAAAAGACCGAUGUAAAUACCCUAAAAUACAAGUUAAUAGAUCAUACAUGCAAAUAACACUUUGGAAAUUACAUGACCAAAAAAAAAAAAAAAAAAAAAGUGGAAAAAACGUCAACAAAAGCUAAAUGAUGUUGACGUAGGUUGUAAUAAUGUGAUCCUUUUGCCAUUUGUAAUCUCGCAUCUUUUUUUUGCUUCUAGUGGUGCAAUAGUAAAAAACAUAAAAGGUUGGGUGUUCAUCAACUAUGUCAACGCAUCAUUGAAUGCUAUGUUUAUUGAUGCAUUUUAUGUGUUGCUAAA